AUGGAGGCGAUCGCCAGUCAGCUGGGUACUGGGAGAGAAGGAAGCUCCUCCCCGAACUCCAAGCAAGAGCUGCAGCCCUACGCGGGCGCCAGCCCCCUCAAACCCAACCAAGUGGGGGAGACCUCGCUGUACGGGGUGCCCAUCGUGUCGCUGGUGAUCGACGGCCAGGAGCGGCUGUGCCUGGCGCAGAUCUCCAACACCCUGCUGAAGAACUACAGCUACAAUGAGAUCCACAACCGGCGGGUGGCGCUGGGCAUCACCUGCGUGCAGUGCACCCCGCCGGAGCGAAACCAGCCCGUGUCCCCGACUGAACCGAAGCGGCGCGGGGCUGGCGGCGGGACCCCUCCCGGGCUAAUUGCAUGUAAUGUGUCCUUUUGUUUCUCGAAGGCCUACGCCCCGGAACGAGAGGAGCCGCUGCCGGCUCUGAAGAACCCCGCUUGCCUGGCGCCGCUGCCCGCUUACCUUUGCAACCCCGAGGCCAAUGAGCAAGAUAAAGACGACAAUCACUCGACAGCGGAGGAUUUAGAGCCCGGCAAAUCCUAUCAGGACCAAAGGAAUGUCUCGCAUGCAAGCCCUGCAAAUACCGACAGAGGCGAGGAGGCGCUCAGCAUGGACUUUAUGGGGACCCCACUGGUUGAAAAAGACAUAGAAAAUCUGGCAAGAGACGAGUUGCAAAAGCUGCUGCUGGAGCAAAUGGAGCUCAGGAAGAAGUUAGAACGGGAAUUCCAAAGUCUGAAAGAUAAUUUUCAGGAUCAGAUGAAGCGGGAGCUGGCGUACCGGGAAGAAAUGGUCCAGCAGCUACAGAUCGUCCGAGAUACCUUGUGUAACGAGCUGGACCAGGAGAGGAAAGCCCGCUACGCGAUCCAGCAGAAGUUGAAAGAGGCCCACGACGCGCUCCACCACUUCUCCUGCAAAAUGCUCACUCCUCGCCACUGCACGGGAAACUGCUCCUUCAAGCCGCCCUUGCUGCCCCAAUGAGCCAACCCCCCGCCCCCAUCCAGCCCCAAAGCCAUGCGACUUCGGUGUGUAAAUAGCCACGAGCCAUUGGUAAGGAGCCCCGUGUAAAUACCGGACUGCGGAGCUCUGGGGCGCAGCGUUUCUAGCAGUGUAAAUACAGCCGCCUGCGCAUCAGGGCAAGCCGGCCGCGAAAGUUUCAAUGGACCGAAAGCGAAUUCAAACCAAACACCCAAACAGACACGGCCCGCUGUGAAUCCGGAUCGAGGCACUGUGCGAACAGCCUUCUCCUUGCUCCGUGUCUGCCCCCAUCCAUGCCCCCUUGUCUGUCCACUUCUUGACCCCCCCCGUGUCUAGACUGGAAAAAAGUGGCUAUGUGCAAUGGAUAUAAAUGUACUGUGAUUUCUCUUGCUCCAGUAUUUGUUGCAUUUUUAUUUAUUGAUGCUGUAUAUUUAUUUCCCUUUGUCGAUGAUGGAUGUGACAGCACUUUAUAGGGCGGUUGGCGACUCACGGUAACACCCAAGGAAAGGAGAAAUUCAAACCAACGCCUCCCCCUUUCUGGGGGGGGGAACCUCUGUAAGCGACUUUUGUUCUUUAAUAAAAACCAACC